AUGUCCCAGAGGCAGAAACAAAAAGCUGCCAAAGAAGAACGAGCGUCCUUUUUUAUGGCCAGAUCCGCCGCGAAAAAAACCGCGGAAAACCGGCGGCCUAGUACAAGAUGGCGGCGGAGAUUGCUCCCGCGAGGGAUCCAUGUCACCUACAACUUCUAUCACCUCCCUGGCAGAGGAACAGCCCCUUACCACAACCUCAAUGAGGCUCAUGCUGGCCGAACUAGCUGA